AAAAUUACAUUUUGCGAAAACCGACAAUAAUUGUGAAAAUUCACUAUAUUUAUCCAUCCUCAUGUUUUUAAAGGCAAAUUACCUGUAAAUUAAAGUCUUUCUCAAUUUAAUCCAUGCUAUUUUUAGACAAAAAACUGGUGGAUCUUCAAAAAUCAGACAACAUAAAAUGUGCAUAGCCUGACCCAAAAUCUGCAAAAUCAAGGGUCGCUCCUCCCCUAACCCACCAGCACGGUUCAGCGCAGAACUUAGCGUGUCCUGUAGUCCUACGCCACCCGCUUGACUUGGGAAGCGCGGCUUGAACUGACCGGACUCUUCCAUGAGUCGUAGUCGUUAGUCAGUGCGUAACAAAGAACAUUGUCUUGGGUGUACAUUGAUAACUCUUUGUUUCUCUUAUUUAAUCUUUAAUGAAUAGUGUGAUAACUCUGUGGCGCUUAUUUCUAUUUCAAAUGUAAAGGAGUUAUAACAAGGAGGUUCAAGACCAUACCAAAAGUAUUGUUCUUUUUCAGUCGGAUCUUUCUGCGCAUGUCAGUGUUGCUAUUUCAUUUGAAAGGACAUUCGAAUGAACGGAUGGGAUAUUUCGGACAUCGCAAGAGCUCGAAAGGAUUUAAUAGUUAAUAGUUGCAGGCAAUGCAACUAGGAAAUCUGGACAAACUACAACAUUAACCACACACCCGUCUGGAGUCUCCAACAUUUCAUCAGCUCCCAGCGAGGAUCACAUUCUCAUCUCUUCUUGCAAAGAAGCUGUCAUUCAGUACAUGGAUAUUAUUCAUUGUCUAUACCGUUGAGACGUUGCCUACAACAACUGACAAAGUCAUCUUUGUUCGACAUAUUUUUUGACAACACUGUGGGAGCUCUGCGUAUGAUAUGUUGAAGAUUGCGGCAUUCGUCUGAAAUUGAAUUAAUCUCCCCCGCUGUCGAGAGUGUUUGAAUCAUCGUCAUCAACAUCGCCUGCACAAGAAACAUCGACAUCUAGAACACGAAAACUGAAUCCUUUGCUGUUAAAAUUCCAAAUUCUCAAUAAGAACUUAGGGGAAAAUUCGUUGUUUUGCAUCAGCAUUUUGCACUCGACAUCACACAUCUAACCAAAUCCGUACAUCAAAUUAUCGGGAUUCCCCAGCACAAUGUUUCGUGUCCUAUUCGCUAUCGCAGUCCUCGCCGUGUGGAUGAGCUUCAUUCACGUACAUGGCAAGGGUGAGUUUCAGUGGAUGGGCUACGAUAAAUUCGACUUGCUGAAUGAAAAGUUCAGUACUGUAGACGGAAAAAACUGUAUCUCUAAGAGCAAGGAUCAGCUGACCCUGCCGACGGAUGCGGUCUCCCAGCUGCCAUAUUAUAACGAGCUCUUGACGAGGGUUUGGUACAGGAACAGGACUGCUCUUAUCCAUCUACACAAUAUGGCUUUAAACAGAGCUUUUUUCUUCAGGUUCGUGACGGUGCCCUUUAACAGAACCCUCCCACUCUUCGGUCCUCGUACCUGGAGACAUGACAACUACAAGGACCAGGGAAACAUCCUGCGCGAACCUACUCGGACAGUGGUCAAGACCGUGGACGCAGGGGCUGGCAGGGUCACCAACUACACGAACGAAGGCCACAAGAUGAAUCCAUGGUCAGUUCAACACGGACGAGUACGAAAGUUUCGCCUUUUUCGGCCCUUCCUCCCCCUCCGCGAAGGAAUCCGACCCCCGUUCUCUGCCUGUCCAGUUCACACAGCCAUACUUCGACUGCGGGGGCUCCAACAAGUGGGUGGUCAGCGCAGUGUCCCCGGUCAUAGACUUUAUGCCCAGAUAUUCCAACUACACUCAUCUGAGGAGACAGAGAGUGGUUGGUGUCAUCGUUAAAGAUAUAGACUUCAGAGAGGUCGACUUCAAUGCUUGUGAUGUCGGCAAGGGAAAUCCAGGACCCAGCCACCUAUCUGGGAUACAUCGCUGCCAGCGGACCACUUCGUGCAAACACAGAAAUGGUUUUGGCUUCCAGCGCGGUGGUUAUGUCUGUGUGUGCAAGGCUGGCACACACUGGCCCUGGUAUGUUAAUCCACCCUUCUUAGGAGAAGACAUUGAGCAGGCUACAGAGAGGGAGUACAAGGAGAGCUUCAAGUGUCAGCCAACAGACUAUCGCCUGGCGUUGCCUAUUGUAGACACGUCUAACGGACUGACGGUAGAGGGCGGAGCAAUCCCCAUCAACAGUGGAGGGGUCGAUAUUGACAAUCUCCAGAGGGGUCGGAAGAAGAGAUCGGCCUCUAACGGGAAUAAAACAGAAAAUGGACGCAGUCUCCUCUUUAAAAAGAGAGGGGAAAUCCUUCGGUCGGGAAACAGGAAAAAGUUGAAGGAACCUCAGCAGGGCAGUGGAGAGAGGAGUGUCCUCGUGGACCAGAUGAGACAUGACGCAGCGCGAGCUUCCGGGGUCAAGGUCACACCACGAGAGUACACCACCAAAGACAUCAUGGAACUUGUGGAAAAACUGACAAUUAUAAACGAGAAUAAUUGCCUGAAGAGCAAAAAUGGGUCUUUAACGAAGAAGGAGAUGGAGCGCUUUCGAUCUAUCAGAGAUGACUACGCAGAAAAGAACAAUGUGGAUACAGAUAUCGAGACGGAUUACGAGAACGAUCUGAUAGCUCACACUGAGUACUCCGAGGCCCUGAUUCAAGAACACAGAGAGAAAAACCUCACACAUCUCACGGUAGACGCAUUGAAGGAAAGUGUCAUACAGCUGAGGAGCCGUCAUAUUGAGCGUUUUCACCAACAGCUGAAGCGACCAGAAGGGGCCAGAUCUCGAAAAAAAAGAGCGGCUGUUUUUGAUCAGCAGUCUCUGGACAGAAUGCUGAGGAUUUUACGCCAGAAGGAGUCUGUGACAGCUAGGACGUGUCAUCACAUGCCCACCCAUCUUCUGGAGCUCCCUGGAGACGUGGGCUAUGGAGCAAGCACACAGUUCGAGCCAGAAGGACGAACGGCGCUGAGGUUGAGCAAUUUCCUCUCUAUAUAUCUACAGAUACAAGUUCGAGAACCAGGAUAGCUCAGUCCGCGAGCUGUUCGGUCCCUGGGCAUACCGAACAAGAGGCUCCUACUUUGCCAUGGACACGGCCGGUCUUCGCGACAGUUACCUGGCCACUGAUUGGUUCAUGCGUGCCAAAGCGCGGUUCUCCACGAACUUCUCGGGGCUCAAGAAAUACAAAUCUAGGACGUUCGUCAGGAGCGAUCCAGAAGGUACCAGUUCUAUUCGCCAUGAGUAUUUCCCCAUUGUCUACAAAGCGGCACCGUAUGAGCUCGGCUUCUGGACACGCCCCUUUUUCCGUUGCGAUGGCAACGUGGACACCUGGGUCAUGACCUACGUAGCACCCUUCUUCGGCCUGGACGGGCUUCGUACCAAGUUGGAAUUCAGGGGCGUUGCCACGGUGGAUGUUCCAUUGAACUUCCUGGAGAUCAACCAGUGCCCUCAGCCGUUUUCGGUGGCGAAUGCCUUCAAGAAUACCGCCCGCUGUGACUAUCUCUCUACAAACUGUGCCCCCCAAGCUGGAUUCCCCUUCAUGCGUGGAUCCUACACGUGCAAAUGCCGUCUGGGCUUUGAGUACUGGCACUAUGAUGGGAAGGAGUGGUUUGAGGGAUCCUUCGUGGAACUGGAGUACGUGAAAAAGCAAAAUGGGAACUUCAGCAGAUUCGAUCACCUGUACUGUCGACCAGCCUCCGCAUCAAACCUCCAGGUGUCGUGGGUGCUGACCGUUACUUUCAUGCUGACCACGCCAUACCUAUGGACUCUCUGAAGGUGCUCGGUUUGACCAAACAGCUGACGACGACAGUCCUUGCAGAAUAUGCCACUGCCAACCCAUCCAAGUUUUGUUUGAUGUCAUUGCAAGCUUUUGGUGUUGCGUGUUGUUUACUCUACGCAUCGAGGCUCAUAUUGUAGCUACAAGUGUCGUAGUUUUUCAUGACUGGUCUGUUAGUUUUGUUUUAACUGCAUCGCUGAUGUGGGCGUAUGAACAUGAGUACUCCAAAAUAUGUGUGUAAGUACAUGUGUGUAGAUGUGUGCAUGUGAGUGUGUGU